CUAAAAUAAAACAACAUGGCAGACGUAUGUCAAAUGUAGCGUGCCUUGUUGUUUUGUGGUAAUUUUUCACACAUUUUAAUUGUGAGAAAAAGUGUUAAAAAUGUCGCGGGAUCCUAGAAAGCCCUAUGGACUACCACCGAGAGAACGGGAUCGAGAACGUAACUGGCGACCAGCGGAGUACUCGCGGCGGUCUCGAUCGCGGAAGAGAAGCCGUAGCAGGAGCCCGAUGAGGAGGGACAUUGAUGCACGCGCGCGCUCUCCUCGCAGGAACGACAAGGAUGUUUUGGAUGACAACAUUUUGAGUGAAAUAUCCAAACUGCCAGAACCAAGUGAGCUAUGGGAUGGUCAAAAUCAAGAACCAAACUUCGCCACCGGUCCUCCACCACCACCAAAUUUCCGACCUGAACCGUCAAAUCCUCAAAAUUUCCAGACGUACCAACCAUCAUAUUCUGGCAUAUACGAAGACUUUCCUCCAGUACCACCGUCUCAGAUCCCCCCUGAGAUAGCAUCGUGGAACCAGAUGUCUCUCCCACCGCCGCCUGCUCCCGCACCUGUGUUUGUCAACAACAUUGAAGACCAAAUGAAGAAAGAAGCCGCUAUAGAGUCAGAGAUGCGUCACCAGAAAGCCGCUCUAUCGAAGCAAAGAGAAGACUACAUCAAGAAGGCAGGAAUAUUGAAAAAGGAAUUAGACACGUUGAAAGAUCAGCGAAACGAACUUCGAGGUGACGCGAAACGCUCACCGAGCCCGGACACCAAGAGGUUCUUAAAAGAAAACACCAAGUUGCAGUUGGAGAUCCAGAACAAGCUGAAGACGAUCAACAACGUAGUGGACAUGCUCAACGGGAUAAUCGGCGAGGAGGCGCAGGAACUACGCGAGGGCUCCGCCGACUCGGACCGCGAGCGUUCCAAACGCAAGUCUAGGUCGCCGGCCAACAAGAAGGUGAACUACGUGUACUACGACCCUGAGAUGCACUGGUGCCGCGUGUGCAACGAGUUCCCGCCCACCGCCAAGGACUACCUCAACCAUUUGCACUCGCAGGCGCAUCACAAGAUGGCGGCGGCGCAUAUGGAGGCACCGUGGCACUCGGUGUCGGGCGUCAACGAGGGCUUCCCGAGCAUCCCCUCGGCGCCCACCAAGCGAACUCCUAUCAGAGGUCUGCAGUUCUUCGUGCCAUCGACGGCGUGGUACUGCAAGCUGUGCGACCAGUUCAUCGGCGACCUGCACUGCGCCUCCGCGCAUCUCAAGUCCGUGCAGCACUCCAAGAACUAUACCAAUUUCGUCGAACAAAAUCCCCACUGGGAAACAGACUGGAUGUCGGACCGUCAGAAGGCGUUCGAGAAGUCUCGCGCCAACAAGGGCAAGGUCGAGGAAAAGCCACAGUACGCCGCACAUACCAUCACCUUCCACAAAGACGGCUUCCACACCAAGCGCAAGGACAACAGCCCGCCGCCGCCGGAGAAGAAGCGCAAGAAGGAGAAGAAGAAGAAGAGCAAGAAGAAGCACAGCAGCAGCAGCUCCGACUCCAGCCGCUCGUCCAGCUCCGACAGCGAUGACGACGCUAAGAAGAAGAAGAAAAAAAGCAAGAAGAAGUUCGAGCCGGACGAGAAGACGCUGUCGCAGUGGAUGUCAGCCAUCCAGGCCGAGCGCCUCAACGCCACCGACCGCAAGCUGCUCGACAACCUCAAGAACAGAUUCAAGAUAGAAAAGUCUGAUGACAAACGUCGGUCGCCGGAGAAAGAUAGAGAACAUUCCAACUCGGAGUCGAGAAAAACCAGGGAGAGAGAGCGUGAAAGCGAGCGACGCGAGCGCAGCCCGCACGAGCGGCGCGAAUCCCGCGACACACGCGAAUCCCGCGACGCGCGCGAAUCCCGCGACGCGCGCGAUUCCCGCGAGUCCCGUAAAUCCCGCUCGCGGGAAACGCGCGACGAACAGCGCCGGAGAAGCCCAUCGCAGACUGACGUGAAGAAGCCGGAGAUCAGGAAGAUGCCGUUUAUUGGUAAAAUGCCUGUAUACAAGCAUUUAGGCAAGACCAUCAAGCAGGAAGAACAAAAGAAGGAGGAGCAGAAGAAAAAGGACGAAGAAGAGGCCUCCAAGAAGAGAAGAGAGGAGAUGGACGCUGAGAUACAGAAAAAGGUGGCUGAGUUCAAGGAGAAGAUAGCGCGCGCGCAGCUCGAGAGGCAGGCGCAGGUGGCGCUGCCGCCGCCCGGCGUCGCGCUGCCGGCACAGCUCGCCGCGCCGCCGCCGCCCGCCUACCUGCCGCAGCCGCAGGCGCAGGUGGCGCUGCCGGCACAGCUCGCCGCGCCGCCGCCGCCCGCCUACCUGCCGCAGCCGACGCCGCCGCCCCCUCCCGCUUUAGCGCCGAACCUGCCCAAAGACUUCCAAGAGGCCCUCGACAUCAUCUUCCCCACCGAAGUCAAACCGGACCUCACACAACAAGACAGCAUCUUCGGCCUGCCGCCCGGCUUCCCCAUGUCACUGGGCGGCAUACCGCCCUUCCCGCCGCUAUUCCAGCCGCAACCAAUGUUCGGGUUCGAUCUCAAUGCGCAGCUGUUUCCACCGCGUGCCUCGUUGUAUGACGCGCACGUGCCCCUCGUGCCGCAGGCAUCGCCCAAGCCGCGAAACUCGCGCCCCAAGCACGACAACAAGAACAAACAGAAGCAGCAACUAAACCAACAGCAGAAGAAUCAACAGCAGCAGAACCAACAGCAACAGCAGUCGCAGCAGCAGAAUAAACCGGAGGUCAAGCAGGAGCCGAAGACGGAACCGCAGCCGCCGGCGCAGGCUAACGGUCCGCCCGCCAAAAAUAAGGAGGAAAUGGAUGACUUGGCCAUGUUAGGCAUCGACGCGUCAGACGUUGGCGCCAACAUUUGAUCCAAGAUAAGGGUCCGCCGCCUCAGUCGCUGGUGAUGCGUUGACGACACUACAAAUUAGAGAAUCGAAAUGUAAAAAACACCUCUCUCUUCUGCUACUGGACUAUAAUAUAGAUGUUACGAAGAUCAGAAUCCAAAUAAAUAUUGAUCACUGCACCGAAGCCAGACAGAUCAUAAUAUAGAAAGAUAUAUUUUCGUAACCACUUUUGUGAUGUUAGGCAUGGAUGUGCCAAUAUGAUGUUAAUAAUCGAAUGGCUAAUUAGCAAGUUGAUAAUUCUUAUUCAAUUUCUUUAUUGCGUGUAACGUAUUCUUUACAUGUAUUAUACCUAAGAUUGUGUGACAUCAACAAAAAGGAUCAAUGAUACAAAUUGGUUAAAUAAUGAAACAGAUUAAUAUUAGUGUGCCAAUAUUACUGUCAUUGUUAGCAAUAAUAUUAUAACUGCACCUGUGUGAGAUUAAACAGUUUUAUGUCGUAGUCAAGCAAGAGGGCUUAGUAUUACAAAAUCUAGAAUAUAUUGGCUAAAUGUGGUCAUCUUCACGAUAUCAUUACGAUGUGAUUGUAAUAAAAAAGUUAUUAUACAUUGGUCCCUGCACGUUAAUAAGUAUAUUUUUUCAAAAUGUUCUGCAUGAAAUAGUAAAUAUAAAGACAUAUUCAAAUUGCAAAUGCAAUGCUCUACAGUAGACGGCACGUCAGGUUAUACAUUUUUGUUACAAAUUAGCAUCUAUUACAACCACAUUAAAAGCCAAUGUUAGGCUUGACAUGCCGUCGUCCGUACUUGAACGCAUUGUUAGUGCGGAACAAUGUUUUAUUGUUGACUCGUUUGUGCACAGUGAAAGGGUUUAAUAAAUGUGCUAGUAAAAUUAUAACGGCGCGCGCGCACGGGUGACUUUUAUCACCGUGACAAUAAUUAUCUCUUUUUUUUUUAUAGGUGUAAAAGAAACAGAUAUACCGUCAUGGAUAAUACUGUCGCGGCGACAAAAGACCUAUGCGCACGCGCCUUAAUUCGGGUCAAUUUGUCAUGUAAGUUGCCUAUUCUACGAUAUCUAUUUGGUCACCAUGCUAUUUCGUUAACUCGAAUGGCUACUUGUAAAUGGGACUUGAAUUUAUAGUGUUAUUAUGUGAGACAUGAACUGGACGAUUGAGAUAAAUCUGUAAUAUUUUUUCGCAAAUGUUAUGUUACAUUUAUUAUGGAAUUAUAAAUCUAACCGUAAAGUUAGUUAUUGACAUGCAUUUGGUGGAUGAUAAUAAAUAUCAUGGUGAUUAUAAUAAA